UUCGCCAGUUGGCAAAGAUGGCGGCGCCCGCAUUGAACGAAGAAAUACAAUAUGUUACUUACUACAAUUUCCGUCCUACCAUUCUGCACGGAUAUAUCGGACCGUUUGUCGGUCUGUAUCUCGUCUGGCUCUACUGCUGGACCGUUGUGUACGGGCUCGAGGAGUAUUUCGAGGCCGGUUUGAUCGCACUGGCCUGUAUUGGAGUGGUCCAAGUUCUGGUGUCGCUGUUUUGUUUAUGGUCCGUGCACGUGCGCUGUGUUCUCACGUGCUCCAGAGUUCUGAGUCCUGAGAAAGCCACGUGGGUGAAGGUGGUCCCGACUCCCAACAACGGCUUUACAGAACUUGUGAAGCUGCAUAGAACUCAGGAAAAUGGCGUUGAGGAGUUGUGGUUCAACUUCCAGAAGACCAAGUAUAGCUAUGACAGGGAGGAGAAGAGGCAGUUUGUGGCACUGACAUUUCCAGUGUCCCACUCCGUACACCACUACCUCGAGUGGAAGGGACUGCAGGAGGAGGAGGACAUCAGGCACGCUGAAAACACAUUUGGGAAAAACCUGCUGGAAAUGGACAUCCCAAGGUUUGCCGAGCUGUUCCAGGAGCGCGCCACUGCGCCGUUCUUUGUGUUCCAGGUGUUCUGCGUAGGCUUGUGGUGUCUAGACGAGUACUGGUACUACAGCGUGUUCACUCUGUUCAUGCUAAUAGCCUUCGAGGCCACGCUGGUACAACAGCAGCUGAGGAACAUGGCUGAGAUACGCAAGAUGGGAAACAAGCCCUAUAUGAUCAAUGUGUACAGGAACAGGAAGUGGCGUAUGCAGCUGACAACAGACCUAGUGCCAGGGGAUAUAGUCUCUAUAGGUCGUUCCCAUGAUGACCAUCUGGUACCAUGUGACCUGCUAUUACUAAGGGGACCAUGUAUAGUGGAUGAGGCCAUGUUGACAGGGGAGUCAGUACCUGUGAUGAAGGAGCCCGUUGAGAGUCUGGAGGGGGACCACGUCCUAGACGUGGAAUCAGACGGCAAGCUGCACAUCCUGUAUGGGGGGACCAAGGUGGUACAGCAUACCCCACCCAGCAAGACAACUGCAGCCAUGAAGGCUACUGACAACGGCUGCAUCGCUUACGUCCUCCGUCACAGUUUCAACACAAAUCAAGGGAAGCUACUCCGUACAAUCCUGUUUGGUGUCAAGCGUGUCACAGCUAACAAUGUGGAGACGUUCUUCUUCAUACUCUUCCUGCUCAUCUUCGCAAUUAUCGCAGCUGGAUAUGUUUGGAUCAAGGGUACUGAGGAUCCAGACAGGAACAGAUACAAACUCUUCCUGGAGUGCACCCUCAUCCUGACAUCAGUUGUCCCCCCUGAAUUACCCAUAGAGUUGUCCCUAGCUGUCAACACGAGUUUACUGGCACUCACAAAACUAUACGUUUACUGCACAGAGCCGUUCCGUAUACCGUUUGCGGGGAAGAUCGACAUCUGCUGCUUUGACAAGACGGGCACACUUACAGCGGACAACCUGGUGGUGGAGGGAGUCACUGGGCUUAAAGGUAGCGAGGUCCAGAGUGCACUGGAUUGCCCUGUGGAGACGAUCCACGUGCUGGCCACCUGCCAUGCCCUGGUACAGCUGGAUGAGGAGCUGGUAGGCGACCCACUGGAGAAGGCUACACUACACGCUGUAGAGUUCUCACUCACUAAAGGAGAGACGGUGGUCUCUCAGCGUAAGAAGAUGCACGGUCUGAAGAUCUUCCAUCGGUUCCACUUUGCCAGCGCCCUCAAGCGUAUGUCUGUCAUUGCCGGCCACACCCCUCCAGGCUCCAUGGAAACAGAGUACAUCGCGACAGUUAAAGGGGCACCAGAAACCAUCAAGACCAUGCUGAAGUCAGUCCCAGCUGACUAUGAUCGUGUCUACCUUGAGAUGGCUCGCCGUGGAGCAAGAGUGCUGGCCCUUGGUCACAGGCAUCUUGGAAAGCUGUCACAUCAAGAUCUGAAGAUAAUGACCAGAGAUGACGUGGAGAGAGACCUCGACUUCUGUGGUUUUGUAGUCAUCUCCUGUCCACUCAAGGCCGACUCCAAGUCAGUCAUCCGUGAAAUACAGAAUGCUUCGCAUCAUGUUGCCAUGAUAACGGGAGACAACCCUCUGACUGCCUGUCAUGUUGCCAAGGAGCUACGCUUCACCAGGAAGCAGCACACACUCAUACUGCAGGCACCUGCCUCUGAGGACCAAGCGUGGCAGUGGCGUUCCAUUGAUGAUACAGUGUCUGUUCCUGUGGAGACAGCAGGCGAUCUUCGCAAACAACUUGUGGAGGAACAUGACCUCUGUCUCACAGGGGAGGGUGUGAGCUAUCUACAGAGGGAUCACCCCAGGAUCUGGAAAGUGGUUCUGCCCAAUGUGAAGGUCUUUGCUAGAGUGGCACCAAAACAGAAGGAGUUGAUAAUCACAUCUCUAAAGAGCCUUGGGUUCAUGACUUUGAUGUGCGGAGAUGGAACCAAUGAUGUUGGAGCCCUCAAACACGCUCAUGUUGGGGUUGCGUUGCUGGCCAACGCUCCAGAGAGAAUGCCAGAAUCCAGACACAAGAAGGAAAAGGAAGAGCCGUCAGACUUGACAUCCAAUGCUACUGACAGACAGAUCUCCCCUCGUGGUCCAGCAGGCAAGCAGAGCCGCGUUGCUAAGCAACGGGCCAUAGCUCGGGGGGACAACAUGGCACCUGCUCAGAAGAAGCUUCAGACGAUGAUGAAAGAGAUUGAGGAGGAGGAAAAAGCAGCCGUCGUUAGGCUUGGAGAUGCUAGCAUCGCUUCACCCUUCACCUCCAAACUAUCCACCAUCAUGUGUAUUUGCCAUAUCAUCAAGCAGGGCCGAUGUACCCUGGUGACAACUCUACAGAUGUUCAAGAUCCUAGCCCUCAAUGCGCUCAUCCUUGCCUACAGCCAGAGUGUUCUCUUCCUGGAGGGGGUCAAGUUCAGUGACACCCAGGCCACCAUGCAGGGUCUACUACUCGCCGGCUGCUUCCUGUUCAUAUCAAGAUCAAAGCCCUUGAAGUACCUGUCAAAGCAGCGGCCUCUUCCCAAUAUCUUCAACUUCUACACCAUAGUAACCGUGCUGUCCCAGUUUGCUGUACACUUCGUGUCCCUAGUCUACCUAGUACAGAGUGCUCAACUUAUAUCACCAAGGGAAGGCAAGGUGGACCUAGAGGCCAAGUUUGCGCCCAACCUUCUUAACACUACAGUCUACAUCAUCUCCAUGUCUCUACAAGUCUCAACCUUCGCUGUUAAUUACAAGGGAGAGCCGUUUAUGGAGAGCCUGAUCAACAACAGGCCCAUGUUGUACAGCAUCUCCAUCUCCGGGGGAGCCAUCAUAGCCCUGGCUAGCGGUCUCCUACCUGAGGCCAAUGAGUACUUUGAACUUGUGCAAUUACCUACAGAGUUUCGCAAUACUGUGAUGGCAGUGGUCAUAGCGGACAUUGUUGGCGCAUUUGUCAUAGACAGGACCCUGCAGCUGCUGUGUGGAACGGGGAAAGUGAGGCGGCGGUAACGACAGCACUUCAUCUAGAUCUCGUCUAGGAUUUUAACUCAAUCAUUGGAUCUGCGCUGUGAGAAAAAGGGGCAUAAUCCGUGUGUUUAAAGUGUCUUUCAAGAUAAUCCUAUGCAGUCCCCUUAUGCUAAUCAGUGACAACACUUUUUAAUCUUUUAUGGUAUUUUUCGUUAAAAGAAAGUCUUUUGUUGGAAAUAAUCCAGUUUUGGAGGAGUUUCGUCCUUGAUUAGCCUGUGCGGACUGCAUAGGCUAAUCAGGGAAGACACUUUAUGCACAUGCAUUUAGACCCUUUUUCUCUUUGCAGCUCAUUUAUGUGUGUGUAGAGAGUAACUUGAAUAUCAUGGACUGCACUGGUGUAUGGCUUGUGUAGAGAGUAACUUGUAUAUCAUGGACUGCACUGGUGGAUGGCUGGUGUAGAGAGUAACUUGUAUAUCAUGGACUGCACUGGUGGAUGGCUGGUGUAGAGAGUAACUUGUAUAUCAUGGACUGCACUGGUGUAUGGCUUGUGAAGAGAGUAACUUGUAUAUCAUGGACUGCAAUGGUGGAUGGCUGGUGUAGAGAGUAACUUGUAUAUCAUGGACUGCAAUGGUGGAUGGCUGGUGGAAUCUGUAAGAUGUAAGAUGUAUUUAGUUGAUUGGCUUUGUUUGGUCCUACAUUGGUUGAUAACAAUUUUGUCAACCUGGUAUUUUUUCAAACGUUUAUUUUUUUUCCGUGAAAUGUAUUUGUUAGAAUUAAGUUAUUGAGAAAAAUGCUAUUUAAUAAAUCAUUUACAAUAUAUUGAAACACUGUUAUCUGCAUUUUUGUAAACAUUAAGAAUUUUCAUGGUAAUGAACUCUUCAAUAAGUUGUCAUCAUUUUUUGCAAAAUCUUUAUUAUCUGUUUUAUGUUCAUUUCCAUUUCUCUUGUGGGUAGAUUGAUGAAUGUAGCAUUGCGAUGAACAAUUAUUAUCAUUGUAUGAUUUUGUAAAGACUGAAUUAUCGUAGACAUGAAACUCAUAAAUAUCCAACAUAAUCCAUGCGCACAUUGUUUGUUCCUAUAUUUUCAAAGCAAGCUUAUGUAAGGGGUUGAGCAGCUAUGAGGAUACAAACAUGUACCUUAAUGCAACAUAACUGACCCGUGAAUUAUUCAAACCAGAUGUAGGGGGAGGGGUGGGGGCGAUGGCCAUAGUAAUUAUUUCAUUAUGUAUUGCAAGAUGAAACAUAAGGCAGGAUUCGAGCUUAAACUCACCUACCCCUGAUUAACUGUCAAACAUUCAGCCAUUUUAGUAUUUAUAGAAUUAUUGAUGGUGAACAUAAAGCAGAAAUAAUGUGAGUCCAACUGACCUUUUUGAGGACCAAUUUUUAAGAAUGGCUUGACUGUAGGGCAUGUUUAAAUGUGUCUUGUUCUGUGAAAGCUGGGCAUAAUGCAUGUGCUUAAAGUGUCGUCC